GAGGAAACAGUUCUGAUCCAGUUUAUUCCAUGAAAUCAGACUGGUGGUGAGCGCUAUGAGGCAGUGAGAUCACAUUGAAUUUCGAUUUUGUUGCUUAAUACGUUUAUAAACCCACAACCGAACAGUCACAUCAGAAACAUGUGGUUCAGGUUUCGUUUUCAUCUUCCGAAAGGUGUGUGACUUUCAUCAAGCCUUUCACCCGUCAAUUCGGAGGAUUCCUCCCCGUCCGUCGAUUCGUUUCGACCAGGCAAUGACAACGGCCCCAGCAACCCCGCAGCAGAUGAGAGACCGGCUGCUGCAGGCCAUCGAUAGCCAGAGCAAUAUCUGCAACAUGGUGGCAGUAUUGGAUGUGAUCACCAAUUUGGAGAAAUUCCCCAUCACCAAAGAAGCACUUGAGGAAACUCGACUAGGAAAACUGAUCAAUGAUUUAAGGAAGAAAACAAAAAAUGAAGAUUUAGCGAAACGUGCCAAGAAACUUUUGCGCACCUGGCAGAAGCUUAUCGAGCCGGGCCAGAAUGACACGCCUACUCGGUCAGCACCGGGAACCCCGGGCUCUGCCAACGGCGGUGCCCACUCAUGCAGAACAGACAUCAUGCCACCGACUGUGCCGCCGCCAGGCAAGAUGGGCCCCGAGCUCAAAAAUCGACACGACAUCCACAACACCUACUCCCCCAAAGCAGAGAAGUCGAGCAGCCGCAAGCGCAAGGAGGAGCACAGGGACGCUCUCCACCCGCCUGCUAAAAUGUCCAAAACCUCUGCUGUGUACGAGCAGAUGUCUUCCUGUACCCCACCGCCAACCAACGGAAUCGGAGGCAGUCCAGAGACUCAGCCAGAGAGGGACACCCUGCAGCCCUCUGACAGGAACCGCACUGAGCACCUUGAGAAUGACAGACACUGCAAAAUUCCCGUCAACGCUGUUAGGCCUCACUCUAGCUCCCCGGGGCUAACCAAACUACCUAGCACUUCGUCCCUGAUCAAGACUGCUGUCCUACAGCAGCAUGCCCAAAUGGAAGGUGGCGGUAUCGGUGGUGGAGGACCGCAUCAGCCCAAAAGCCCUCGCUACUCCUCUCACAGUCCCCGCAGCGCAACACAAGAGAUACUCUCCAAAAGGUCCUCAACUUCCGCCCCUAAGGAGAGUCUCUCAAGCCCAUCGCAAAGCUCUGCCCAAGUGCCCUCUCCCUCGCCCCUCUUGCAGUCGUCACUGUCCCCAGCCACAGAAUGUUUUGUUGAGGAGCACUCUCCUGCACGACAUAAACCCUCCCUGCACUUGCACAGCUCCUCAGAGCCGGCCUUCCCUCCCCAACACAGCACUGUAACGCGAGAGCCUCACACGGGCUCUUUGCUUGCCUCGCAUAUUCACAAAACCGAAGCCUCCGACACUCACAGACACAGCCUUCCUGCGGAGCCAGGUGCAGCCGAGUGUGAAGGUGUGACCUCAGGUCCCGAGGGCAAAAGGAUAAAAAAGUACAGGUCUAGAGACUACGUGGUGAACCUUCAAGGGCAGCCUUUAGAUGACAAGACAAAGCCAGUGCGCUUAAAAGAGCGACGGUUGACUUUUGACCCCGUGACGGGUCAGAUUAAACCCCUCACCCCAAAGGAGUCCCACCACGAGGAGGAGAUCCCAUUGCCGCCUCCUGUCCGAGUCGAGUCCCAGCCGCAAAACCCCCCCGCGGCCCCUGCUCCCAACCCCUACUCCCAACAGACAAACUGGAAAGAGCUGUCCAGGAACGAGAUUAUCCAGUCGUACCUUAACAUUCAGAGCAAUGUGCUGACCUCCUCUGGGGCGCAGACCCACGGAGCCCACUUUUUCAUGUCGGAAUAUUUGAAACGAGAGGAGCAUGACACGAGGGAACCCCGAAAGACCCACGUGUUGAUGCCCAGCGACUCUCAAACAGACCUGCCUGGUGUAACCAGAGAGGUGUCUGAGGAGGACCUCCACAGAGUGCACACAAAUCAUUGGCACGGGGUUAAUGGUUGUAAUGAUACCAUGGGCGCCUGGUUUGAUUGGACAGAGUGCAUACCCUUGGAUCCGCACGGAGACGAGGGUAAAUUGAACAUCUUGCCAUAUGUCUGCCUAGACUGAGAGAACUGGGCUGUUGCCUAGACUGAGAGAACUGUUUCUUGUGUUUUUUUUGUUUUUUGUUUUUUUUUGUCUUCAUGAAAAAGUGACAAGUCAUUGAUUGUAUUUACUGUGAUCUGGAAAUACCACAACUUCAGUUGGUUCCCUCUUGCCUCCCUUGUGUUUGUCAAUCAGAACGGUGGAAUCAGGGGCUCAGUGUGUAGAGGUGGCAGGUUGUGAUUUUCCACACAUGGUUUUGCAAAGGCACUCCAUUACAAAGUGCUGCUAGAAUUACAGGCAAAGGGGUCUAUAGAAAUACAGAUUGGGUUUAGUUGGCCAGUUAUUGCACGGGUGCCUGGGACAGCAGUCAAGGUUUAUGACAAGCACAGGUAAGGAUGGAAGUGUCCAGCAAGCCGGAAAGAAUUUAACUUGUUUGGAAGUUACAAGAAGCUUUAUGUGACUUAAAAAAAAAUAAUAAAUUAUAAUUUUUCUUAUCA